CGCCGUUAAAGGCCGGCGGCGCAGGCGGCGAGCGGAGAUUGGGCUCGGCGCCGGCUCCAGUUCCAGCCAGCCUCCCUCCCACCAUGUCGGGCACCCGAGCGUCCAACGACCGCAGCAGCCACCCCGGCGGCGGCGGGGUCAAGCGGGCGCGCAGCGAGCCGGGCGGUAACAAAGUGACGGUGGUGCUGGGAGCGCAGUGGGGGGACGAAGGCAAAGGCAAGGUGGUCGACCUGCUGGCCACCGAGUCGGACAUUGUGUGCCGGUGCCAGGGUGGAAAUAAUGCAGGCCAUACCGUGGUUGUCGAUGGGAAAGAAUAUGAUUUUCACCUAUUUCCUAGUGGCAUCAUUAAUCCAAAGGCAAUUUCAUUUAUUGGUAAUGGAGUCGUUAUACAUUUACCAGGCCUGUUUGAAGAAGCUGAAAAGAAUGAAAAGAAAGGUUUAAAAGAUUGGGAGAAAAGACUGAUUAUAUCAGAUAGAGCACAUAUAGUGUUUGACUUUCACCAGGCAGUAGAUGGGCUCCAGGAAGUGCAACGCCAAGCACAAGAAGGAAAAAAUAUUGGCACAACAAAGAAGGGGAUUGGACCAACAUAUUCUUCCAAAGCUGCACGAACAGGCCUUCGAAUUUGUGACCUCCUUUCUGACUUUGAUGAAUUUUCUUCAAGAUUUAAAAAUCUGGCACAACAGUACAAGUCAAUGUUUCCCUCAUUGGAAAUAGAUAUAGAAGGGCAAUUGAAAAAGCUAAAGGGAUAUGCUGAAAAAAUAAGACCCAUGGUUCGUGAUGGAGUGUAUUUUAUGUAUGAAGCUCUUCAUGGCUCCCCGAAGAAGAUUCUUGUUGAAGGAGCCAAUGCAGCAUUACUUGAUAUUGACUUUGGCACGUAUCCUUUCGUGACUUCGUCAAACUGCACCAUAGGUGGUGUGUGCACCGGGCUUGGUGUUCCUCCCCAGCACGUCGGUGAUGUGUAUGGUGUGGUGAAGGCUUAUACUACUCGGGUGGGAAUUGGAGCCUUCCCUACUGAGCAGAUUAAUGAAAUCGGAGAUCUUUUACAGUCCCGUGGCCACGAAUGGGGAGUAACUACAGGCAGAAAGAGACGCUGUGGCUGGUUAGAUCUUGUCAUUUUGAAAUAUGCUCAUAUGAUCAACGGAUUCACUGCUUUGGCAUUGACAAAACUGGAUAUUCUCGAUGUCCUUGAUGAAAUUAAAAUUGGUGUUGCUUACAAAUUGGGUGGAAAAAGAAUUCCAUAUUUUCCAGCUAAUCAGGAGAUCCUACAGAAGGUGGAAGUAGAGUAUGAAACAAUGCCUGGGUGGAAAACUGACACAACCGGUGCACGAAAAUGGGAGGACCUGCCACCCAAGGCCCAGAAUUACAUCCGAUGCGUGGAGAACCAUGUUGGAGUCCCAGUUAAGUGGGUUGGAGUUGGAAAAUCAAGAGAGUCAAUGAUCCAGCUGUUUUAAACAAAAGAAGAACUUCGGCGAUGAGAAGCACAGUAUAGCAUUCAUCUGUUCCUUACUGCUUCUUCUUUAAAUGGAGAUGCUAUUUAAAACCAUAUUCUCCUAGGAAUGGAAUAGAAACAAAACAUAUAUUCUGUAUUUAUCUUUAAGUUCUUAAUAAAUUCAGUGUCAAACAUUUGGUGGCCAUCAUCCAAAAAAUUCAAAAAAGUAUUCUUGAGCCAUGUUACUGUUUGAAAGUAUUUUACACCCAUAUAGAGUUAUUUUUUCUUGCUGAAACCAAUAUUAAGCCUUUUCCAGUAGUUACUGGGUAACCUUAGAAUUGUGAAGCUUAGAUUUGUUCUUCAACUUCAAAUAUUAAAAUAUCUUUGUAUCUGAGUAGUAAGACAGAUAUUGUGUACUUAAAUUGGUUGGAUUAUACAGACUUUCCAUUUCUAAAAUACAGUAAAGUUAGGUAAUUUUGAUUGCACAAAGCAAACACAAUUAUCUAUGGGUUUUUUUAAUAAUUAUUUUUAUUGGCCCACAAAAAUGAAUAGAAGCUAAAGUAUUUUUAUCACAGAGCCUAUUCUAGUAACUGAGAUGACAUCUAUAGAGGGGCCAAACUGGAGAAAGCUGACCUGUCUAAUAAUUCUUUCAAAUAUCCUGUGUACUAACAGUCCCUGUGGAGACUCUGAGAUGUGCAGUCUUGAUUUUUAUGCAGUAGGUAAGGAGUGAAGGUGGAAGGAAGAGAGUCCUCAGGGUACAAAACACAUGGGAGAGUGGAGCUGAGACAACGGCACGUGUUCUCUCAGUGAACCUGAGACGUUUCUUCCUGCUAAUGCAGUGACUGCAAUUUCCAAAGUUUUACUGUAGUUCUCUGUUGAGGAAUGUGGGACUUGCAGCUCUGUAAUGCACCCUCGCUUCCACAACUCCUCGGUUUCCAAGAAUAAAUCAAUGCGUGACUUAACGAUGACUGCUGCAGUAUUUACACCCCUCACACGUUUUGACCUUCCUCAGCAAAAUGUAAUGCCUAUUUAUAGAAGGGGAUGACAUGUGGCAGCCAGGGCUGGGACACGUAGAAGCUGUGGAGAGGUCCCAAUAUCUUCAAGAACACACUUGGAUUUCUUUGUGGAUCUCACUUAUAAUCGUUAUACUUCAAGAGCUCUCAACAAAGGCCUACCUCUUGUAGAGGAAAAAGAAUACACUAGAAACAGAAUUACUCCACAACUGUGGAGUUUUCUGAGUAAAUAUUCAUUUUCUAUAGAUGUCUCAGAGAGCUAUAACAAUAUUUUUGUAUCAUUCCCAGGGGCUGUGGAAAGGACAUCACAACCCCAAUAAUGCCAUUAUGUAGUGUGUGAAAAUAUCCCUUUUCUGAGAUGAUAACUCCAAGGAUACCAAGUUGUGACAUUCUUUGCAUCAGAGAUAGGGAAAAAGAAAAAUCCAUCCAGAGUACUUUGUGUCAUACUCAUCCCCUCUGUCUUUUCUCAUUCAAUAUUAAAUAACAGUCAAUGUUCAAAACAAUUUGUGUCAAGAAGCAAUUAAAAAUGUACUGGUAUAAGCACAGAGCAAGCACUAAAUUUGACUAUUGUUGCUUAUAGGGCAGAAUUGUUAAACCCUCUGACUGCAGUGCAGUCCCUUCACCACAGAUGGUGGCUUUGUGCCACAAGAAAAUACCUUUUAUCUCUAAAAAAAAACAACAACAAAAAAAAAAGAGCCCAAAGCUGUGAAUCCUUAAUUCAGCUACAACUCCUUUGUUGAUCAUUGACAAGUUGUUUGAUCUCCUUGCUGCUGUUGUAAAAUGGCAAUUGCGAAUACAAUGCAUCAUCACCUCCUUUAUGUUGCUUUUUGGAGGUCAAUGGGUCGAGCCCUGCAGUCCUUGCUAUGGCAUUGAUGAGGAAGCUCUCCCUGUCAUAUUUAUGGGUGUUCUAAUGAAAGAGUGAUGAGAUUUCUGACCUUAUUUAGUGUUUGCGAAGCACCUCUGAAAGGUGCUUGGUAAGUGCUAAUUAUUAGAAGCACUGUGAAAUGUGCCUCAUUUAUAUGAGGUAAUUUAAGUAUAAAGAUGCUUGGAGAUACAGUAAUUAAGUUUCAUUGUCACAUGGCUUAACCUUGUGACAUAUGCCUACUGGAUGAGCUAGACCUGUUUCUUUUCUUGGCCUCCCUCUUUAUCAGUACAUUCGUGUUGGGAGGUUGCUUUUAUAUUUAAGCUUUGUUUGAUUUAUAGGCAAAGUCCACAAUGACUAUAAGGCACUCAGUGUGCUAAAUAACUGGAUUAAGUGAUCAACUCUAAAUGAAGUUUUCAACAUAUUGAAAAAAAUAGGGUUUAUAACUUAGUUUUCACAGGAAUGCUUUUUCUUGUUCACCUAAUCUUGGUGUUUUCCAUUAAGUGAUUUUUCCAUUAAACUAGAUCCAUGUUGCCUGUCUUUGCAUUCAAGGAGUCAUCAAAAAAACCCAGUGAUGUUGUCAGUGGGCAUGAUGUAAUAGGCAGUUAUCCUGUGACUUACUCUGUUACCUAAAAACUAUUGUGUAUUUCAUUUCAUAGUAUGGAUUUUUUAAGGGAAAAUUCUAUUCCUAUUGAAUUUAAUAUGUGUUGUUAUUGAGUUAACUGUGAAUAAGUUCAGGCUUUUAUUGAAAAGCUCUUUAAUCUACUGAGUGACACAAUGCUUAAUAAGAACAUUUUAAUGUAAAUUUGCUUUCAUUUUGGCUGCUUCCCAUGUGUAUUAUUUUGUUUUGUUUGGAAUUUCAUUCUAAUAACAAUCACUGUGAUUAAUUUAACUUCUUUCUCCCCAGCAAAAUGCAAUAAUAAUGACUAAAACUGGUUGAUGCAUCAUCCCAUUAGAUAUCUGGAUGGAAGAGCAAGGGUAAACAUCUACCAAAAUGGCAUAAUUUGUGGUAAAGAUUAUAGGUUAUUUUUAAAGUAGCAAUUACUGAUUCGCUCAUGCACAUUAAUGUACUUGACAUAUUUUCUCAGCCUUACCUUUAUAACAUGGCCUUCGUAGUCAGGUGUGUGCUUCCUAACACAUGCAGGAUAGGAUUUUGAAGCUUUUGUAAUUUUUAAUUUGGCUGUACAUGGUCUUUGGGUUCUGGCAUAACGCACUUUAUAAAAGGAAAGAAGAUAAAGCAUUUCCAUAGUAAUGUGCAAACUAUACUUACAACUUAUGCACCUUUUUUCAGAUGAAUUUUGAAUCUACACCUGUUCAUUUGUCCUGAAAGACACAGUAAAACCAAUUUAAAGUAA